UACAUGAUUCUUUGGAUCCAACUUGUCUGACAUUAUUUGCUUUAUUCAAACGCUCUUCGCAUUUUGCACAUUUUGGACUCCUCUGCCUCUUGUAUUUCCGCAGAUCUCAGGAGAAGACAAAUUCAUCUUCUCCAACGAGGCCAUCGCGGACGAGGUGACUGACUCCAGCGGCGCGGUGAUUUACCAGGGAGUCAGCCUGCCCUUCCAAUGCGAGUUCCUCCGUCAGUUCGACAUCACCCAGGGCGGGGACAUCAUGUUCGUCAUCCCGCCGCCAAGGUUUGAAAUCAUUGACGCGGAGGGAGAAAUGACCUUGGAGAUGCGAACGUACAAGUCUCCAGACUUCGGAGCAAGCUACAAGUCUACUGACUUCCCCAUUAAGGUCACACCGGAUGACCGUCUGAACUUUGGCCUGAGCGUGACGUCACCGCUUGACAACGUGGAGCUGUUUGCACGUGACUGUGUGUCCACCCCCAGUACCGACCCGAACGACUCUCCAAGGGUCGACAUCAUCGUGGAUGGGUGUACUUCCACUGCACCAUGAUCGUCUGCUUCAAGGACAACCCGAACUCCCGGUGCAGCCAGGGCUGCAUCUCCUCCGUGCGGGGCAGGCGGGACACCUCCGGCGGGCAGGACGGGAGGGUUCGCCGACACCACAACGGGGACACCUCCGGCGGGCAGGACGGGAGGGUUCGCCGGGACAGCAACGGGGACACCUCCGGCGGGCAGGACGGGAGGGUUCGCCGGGACAGCAACGGGGACACCUCCGGCGGGCAGGACGGGAGGGUUCGCCGGGACAGCAACGGGGACACCUCCGGCGGGCAGGACGGGAGGGUUCGCCGGGACAGCCACCAGGACCACCAGGGAAGAAUUUCGCAGGGGCCGUUCGAGCUGGAGUUUGAAGAAGAAGCAGGAGCAGGACCUGGUGCAGCUGGAGUCCCGGUGGGAACCAUGUUUGGGGCGUUUCUUGGGGUUGUCGGGAUCAUGGCCCUCCUGAUCGUGGCGGUUCUCCUGGUUCUGGCCUUCAGGCGCAAGAAACGACAGGAUGACGACACCGUCGGACUGGACAACAAGGCCUUCCAGACCUGGUGGAGGAUGACCACGAUUGACACCUCAAACACCAAGGCAUGACGCGUUCCACCAGAGCCGGAGUAAAGAAGACGAAAAACGUAGGAUUUUGCCCCUAGUCUUUUCUUUUUAGCUCAAACAAACCUUUGUAAUUGUCAGUUUGCUUCGAUUUGGUGAACAUAACAAACAGCGAUGAUACGAGUUUCCACCUAAACUUGUAGCCCUCCUUGUAAAGUUGUUGUAGUGAAGUGUCAACAAACAUUUGAAAGAGAUAUGCUAUCCAUCGGUUAUACUGUUGACUGUCUACAAUGUAUGAUGAUAAAUUUCAUCAUACAUUGUAGACAGUCAACAGUAUGACCUGGCUCUCAAUCUCAACUCUAUAAUCGUACAUUGUAGACAGUCAACAGUGCAACCUGGCUCUCAAUCUCAACUUUAUAAUCGUACAUUGUAGACAGUCAACAGUAUAACCUGGCUCUCAAUCUCAACUUUAUAAUCGUACAUUGUAUACAGUCAACAGUAUAACCUGGCUCUCAAUCUCAACUUUAUAAUCGUACAUUGUAUACAGUCAACAAUGUAACCUGACUCUCAAUCUCAACUUUAUAAUCGUACAUUGUAGACAGUCAACAAUAUAACCUGCUCUCAAUCUCAACUCUAUAAUCGUACAUUGUAGACAGUCAACAGUAUAACCUGGCUCUCAAUCUCAACGUAUUGCAGAUGGAGCUAUCACCAAAAACAUUGGUAAAAACAACUGUUGAAACUCCACCUAAACUUAGUGCAAUAUACUUCAUAUCAUAAUACAAUAAUGGGGAAAAAAA